UGCACUGCGCGCAUGCAAGAUCUAGGAUCAGCUAAGCAGCUACACGUCCAUGGUGUCGCAUGAAGACAAGACGCUCCAUGCACCAUUUCACAACACUUUCGAGUUCCCCAAUCCCUCACUUUACCUGGAAUAGAUACUGAAAACAUAGUAGAUUUGGUUUUAGUCAAAACCACCGUGUGGUUUAUAGCGCAAGCCGCUAGAAACGUCAGCUAUUCGAGGUGAAGCCACUAUGGACUCGAGAGACACAGCCCCUGAUUCCUGGGAACAGGAGGACGAUGUUGAGGCCACGGCUGAUACCGAACUUCAGUCCGCCUUCACCGGGCUCAACGUCAACGCUCCGGAGUUCGUCCCAUCCUUUCUCUCACGGGGUCCAGAGGAAAACGCCACGUCUGAUGGUACCGAUGUAGUGGCCAGCAUGGAGAUCUCGGAGCCAGUGGCUGCGGUGGAGAAUGGAGAAACAGAUGCCAGCGCGGUGGAGACGUGGGAGCAAAAGGGAGAGCCGGAUGAAGAGGAGCCAGGAGGUGGAUCACCGGCAGACACUGGAUGCUGUGGAGAUGAAGCGCAGGAUGAAAUGAUGGAGGAGGACGAGGAGAUGCCCGCCCCCAAACUACCUCCUCCUCCACCGGACGCCCCCAAGAAAGAACACGUGAAUGUCGUGUUCAUUGGACAUGUGGAUGCAGGCAAGUCUACAAUUGGUGGACAGAUUAUGUACCUAACCGGUAUGGUGGAAAAACGCACGCUGGAGAAAUAUGAACGGGAGGCAAAAGAGAAGAACAGAGAGACUUGGUAUCUUUCCUGGGCUCUAGACACAAACCAAGAGGAAAGAGACAAGGGCAAAACAGUAGAAGUUGGAAGAGCUUACUUUGAAACAGAGAAAAAGCACUUUACUAUUCUUGACGCCCCGGGCCAUAAAAGCUUUGUCCCCAACAUGAUUGGAGGAGCGUCCCAAGCUGACUUGGCAGUGCUGGUCAUCUCUGCCAGAAAAGGUGAGUUUGAGACGGGUUUUGAAAAGGGAGGUCAGACGAGGGAACAUGCCAUGCUGGCCAAAACAGCUGGAGUCAAACAUCUGAUAGUCCUCAUCAACAAAAUGGACGACCCCACUGUGAACUGGAGCUUAGAUAGAUAUGAGGAAUGUAAAGAGAAGUUAGUGCCAUUUCUGAAGAAAGUGGGAUUUAAUCCAAAGAAAGACAUUCACUUUAUGCCCUGCUCCGGACUGACGGGAGCAAACCUGAAAGAAUCUUCUGAUUUGUGCCCCUGGUACACGGGAUUACCAUUCAUUCCACAUCUGGACAGCCUGCCAAUCUUCAGCAGAUCAAGUGAUGGUCCCAUCAGAUUGCCUAUUGUGGAUAAAUACAAGGACAUGGGCACAGUAGUGCUUGGAAAACUGGAAUCUGGAAGUAUCGCAAAAGCACAACAACUUAUUAUGAUGCCAAAUAGGCACACGGUGGAGGUGUUGAGUCUUCUCUCGGAUGAUGUGGAGACGGAAUACGCCGGGCCAGGUGAAAACCUGAAGCUCCGGCUCAAAGGCAUUGAGGAGGAAGAGAUUCUCCCAGGCUUUAUCCUAUGCAACGCUGAGAACCUCUGCCACUCAGGACGCACUUUUGAUGCCCAGAUUGUCAUUAUUGAACACAAAUCCAUCAUAUGCCCAGGUUACAAUGCAGUAUUACACAUCCAUACCUGCAUAGAAGAAGUGCAGAUUUCAGCGUUAAUCUGUCUGGUGGACAAGAAGACAGGAGAAAAGAGCAAGACUCGUCCACGCUUCGUCAAGCAGGACCAAGUAUGCAUCGCCCGUCUCAGGGCCGCAGGAACUAUCUGCUUAGAGACUUUUAAAGACUUCCCUCAAAUGGGACGCUUCACCUUGAGAGAUGAGGGUAAGACAAUCGCAAUCGGCAAGGUGCUGAAGUUGGUACCUGAGAAGGACUAAAAUGCGGUUCGAAGGACUUUCCUGGUGCACUCUGGGAUAGAGAAGGAUGCAGUGUUGUGUGCCUGCCAGAUGUUCUCCAAACUGCUCCGUCGUCCCACUGUGGAUCAGUCAAAGACAAAUUACUUUGGGAAAAAGGACAUUAUCAAAGUGACAGUAUCAAUUUUAGGAAGAACAUUAAUAUAGCAAGACAAGCUCAGUGUGACAGCUUUCUCAUAUUGAGAGCUCAGCUAUGCCACUCAUGUAGCCCAAUUUUGAAGCCAGUUUCUCCUCACUGGUUCAUAUUCAAUCUUAAAAUGGAUGCAAUUUUCUUUUAAAGCAUUGGCUUUUUAAGUUUAGGUUGAAAUAUGGAUGUAAAGGUGAAUGCCAUUACUGUGUGCCCCAUUCAACCAUAACACUCAUUAUAUCAUUUCCCCCAUAAGAAUGCAGGGUCUCUGAUUGCAUAUCACUUUCUAACACAUUAAGUGAGCAGUUGGAGACUGCUGGCUGUUUAAUUAGGGCAUGAAAGGGGUCCAUACAGGGUCUAAGCUUGCCGGUACCCUUAAUCUUUACCUGGCAAGUCUUGCAAAGGUCAAAGUUUUCAAGAUUAGGUCAAACAAGAGGCCUUGGUCCUUCAAAUUAGAUGACACUUAUGUAGAGAUGUAAUCAUGCACAAGAUGAACAGAUCAUUUUGUCUACUGUGAUGUCAUUACAUAGCAAAUGACAAAUGCACCCAUAUGUUAAAAAAACGAAACACUUGUCACGUCAGCUGGUGUAAAUUCUGUACACUCCUGUUGGGAAUGUAAGCAUCAAACUUUCAAAAAUAAAAUCCUAAAAGGACUUUAAAUGAAAA